GAAAAAGUUUCGGUUAUUCGAAACAUUCAACCCACACGAGAUUUGCUGGUGGAUCUUCUGGGUGACUCCAAUCUGUCCGAACCCAUACUGCGCAAAGUAACUCAGUUCCGUGAUCUAUUGGAGAAAAUGUUGGUUCUUGAUCCCACGCGGCGUUUGUCAUUGAAUGAAGCACUCCAGCAUCCGUUUAUCACAGAACGCAUGUCUGCAACAUCAGAGAACGAUGUUCAGGUCUCCUGA